AUGAUGCAGCAGGAACAGCGUGGUGUUCGUGGUCGCGGACGUGGCGGGGGUGUUGGACGUGGUGGCGGUCGCGGUGGCGGUCGCGGUGGCGGACGUGGUGGCAAUCGAGGUGGCGGUCGUGGUAUUGGACGUGGUGUCGGUCGUGGUGGCGGUCGUGGUGGCGGUCGUGGACGAGGUACAGGCAACAGCAGAGGCCGUGGCGGUGGAGAUCGCAGCUUUCAACACCAACGACCACACCCUCCAGUGCACAGACCACAGCAACAACAACAGCAGCAGCAACAACAGCAGCAGCAGCAACAGCAGCAGCAACAACAACAACAACAACAACAACAACAACAACAACAACAACAACAACAACAACAACAACAACAAGAACCGCGACCCCAGCCAUCUAAGCCGCAGCCGCCGCAGCAGGUGCGGCGGUUGCACAUUGCUGGUGUGAGCAAUGAAGAGGAGGCGCAGCACGUUGUUCGCUACUUGAAGCGAUUCGGUGACGUGGGCGAGGUGCCCGAUUUCCCCAACAGUGCGCCGGAUGGCGAGUCACGCGGGUACUGCUUCGUCAACACCAACAUCCCAAGCGACAAGCUGGCGCGGUGCCAGAACGCGCUCCAUGCCAGCAAGUUUCGCGGGCUCACGCUGCACAUUGCUCCUGCCAAGCAGCACUACACCAAGCGCCUUCGCCUGGAGAAGCGUGCGCUGGCUCGCUCACAGCGGCGCGCCAGGGCCCGCAGGCGUGCACGCACCGCACAGAAGCUGGCACAGGCCACCCUUCCGUCUGCCGUUGUGAACAAGUCGGAUGCCGAGCUCGCUACCCUCCCCGGCUGGGCAUCGGGCAGGUACGGCCGCGCUGUGCCAACCCUCACCAUCAGGAACCCACGCGGCCGCUUCAUGAAGGUGGAGGCGAAGAAGGUCACUCCGCGUCUCAAGAUCUUCCGCGAUGACGACGACAGUGACAAUAACGAUGGCGAUGGCGCAGCAGGAGCAACGGCGACAGCAGCAGACCACGCGCGUGCCACCACGCAGACCUCACAGCUCUCCGACCACGAGCGCGAGGAUCUCAGCGAUGAUGACGAUGCACGAGUUGUGACUGAUACAGCCAGUGCUGGCGAGCACGAGGAGGAGGAGGAGGAGGAGGAGAAAGAGGAGGAAGAGGCGAUCGACAAUGCUGCAGAGUCACCUGAGGACGCAGACAUGGAGGACGAGGAAGGGGACGAGGACGCAGACAUGGAGGAACAGGAAGACGACCGAGAGCAGGAGACGCGGUCAGAGAACGAGGAACACGGGCUAGAGUCUGACGACGACGGAUGGGACUUUGAUGACAUUGAAGAGGCCAAUCAGCCGCAAGCGGAGGAUGCGCACGACGCUGCAACGGCAGACACAAGUGCAACAGCAACAGCAGGAGCCGAGCAUGGUGAUGCAAUUGACGACGCUGCUCUUCAAGAGGAGACGACAAAACAGAUGGACAUUCUGUCAAGGAUCCUUGUCCGCGGUCGGCGAGCGGCUGUGUCCUCUGCAAAGGCGCUUGCCGUUGCGCAGGGCGGAAACAUGAAGGCAAGCGUUGCCUCAGACUCGGACGACUCCGACAACGAGUACAUUGACGAUGGUGGCGGUGCUGAUGGCAGCAACGGCGCCAGCGCAGACCGCGACAGCCGCAGUUGGCGAAGCGGUGGCAGAGACAGCAGCAGGCGUGGCGGAGAUGAGGGCCGGGGCGACCACGCGCACAAGCGACCAAAGCGGGACCGGUGGGAGCAGGUGAUGCAGGCGCGGCAGCGGCAGCCGAGGCGCGGGUAUGUUGGCAUCAAGCGGUUUGACCCGCUGGCCGAGGUGGGCAGGGACGAUCUCCUCGCCGAGAACAUGCAGCAGUACCGCGACCGCCACGCCAACCGCAACGACAACAACAACAACAACAAUGACGAUGAUGGCGGUGGAGAUGGCGGCGAGGCGCUUGCGCAGCACGCAGCAGCGGCCGCCAGUGGGCAGCAGGGGGCGAGGACGCUUCGUGAGGGCAGGACGCCAAAGAAGAGCAUUCUCAGCACCCCAACGCAAGGUGCAGAGGACGGCGGGCGCAAGAAGCGAAAGGCUGUGCGAUUUGGCGGCGACGAUAAAGGCGAUGAUGGCGAUGAUGGCGAUGAUGGCGAUGACGCCGGGGCCGCCGCCAAGGACGGGGAUGAGAAGCAGCCCGAGCGCUUUGUGCACGUGGCAGGCGAUUUGAGAGAGAAGCUCAAGCCAGCGAGCGGCAACUGGCGCGACACAAACACCAUCACCACAUUCUCGUUUGGAUUUGCCGGCAUGGCGUCGGGAAGCAGCGGCCUUAGCAGCAACAGUGGUGAGGGUGAUGGUGGUGGUGAUGGUGGUGGUGAUGAUGAGGGUGGUGAUGAUGAGGGUGGUGACGUGGGUGCUGUUGAUGGCGACGGUGGUGGUGGUGAUGGCGAUGUGUUGAGCCAUGCAAGUGAGGGUGACAAGCCAAGUGCCAGUGCUACUGCUGGCGACGGUGAUGGUGACGGUGCUGGCGGGCGGGAUGCGGCGAUAAAGGCGAACGUGCAAGUUGGUGCAGUGAAGGUGCUUGGGUCGCGUGUUCGCAAUGUCAUGUCAGCGCCGGCAGCGAAGAAGGAGUCUGCAGAGGCGGCCUCCGAGGCGUCGUUCUUCUUCCUUGACGAUGACCAGCUGUCGUCGCUCGCCGCAGACAAGACGCGUGGGUUUGCUCGCGUGCAGGCGACUACGCAGCUCCGAGACCAGUGGAACGCGACCAAGGAGGUGAAGCUGCGGCAGAUCAAGAGCAUGAAGCGCAAGGCAACGCGUGCCAAGCGCUCCAUGCGUAGGGGCACGCGCUUGUGAAGUUUGUGUGUGUGUGUGUGUGUGUGUGUGUGUGUGUGUGUGUGUGUGUGUGU